GACAAAGGCUGACACCGGACACAUCUGCGCGAUGCAAAACGCGAGGGCACCGAGCCACAGACUGCGCUCAACCUGACACCCGCACCAAGGAGGAGAAAGCCGCAACAGCACGACGACGCGAAGCGAAACAGCCAACUUCGGAACGCGUGAACAACAUCAUCACAGCACAUCAUGCAGACAAGAACUGGACAAUUCUAUUGGCUUCGCACGUCAACAGCAUCGAGGCGAUAGCGCUCUGGGACACAGGCUCAGCCGUAACACUCAUGAGCGAGAUCUUCGCUGCAAGCCACAACUUUGAGAUCACCCCAGCCCCAGACAGUGUUCUCGGAGGCCCGUUCGGAGAAUCAAGACACCCCGUUGGCCUAACACAAGCCAAGAUUGCCAUUGGAAACGCCAGCGCUACGAUUCAAGCCAAAGUUGUGAAAAACCUCCCUCCUCAUCUCAUGUGGAUCACGCAACGGAGGUCAAGAAACGGUCAUACAAAGGCAAAACGUCAGGGUACCCACAUCCUUUUUGUGAGCGUGAUGUACCGAUCGAACGAAGACAUCACACGCAACAUGUUUCUACGACCGAGAACAAACCUUCGCGAGGGACAACUUUUGCUGCAGACCAACCUCACAGUUCUUCAACGAGCCUAAGCAGCCGGAGGACAGAACUAGGAGCACAACAGACCUGACUGUCACAAUUCAAAUGUGAUAGAAGUGUGUGGAGCAUCGGCGCACCGGCGAAGCCGGCCUUUGAUCCGAAUAAAUGCCGCCGUUGCAGUCGUC